AUGUCUAUUGACAAUGAUGAUGCGACGGUGUGCAUUAUCAACAGCACAAUGCCCAUGUACCAGCCAAACAUUUUUCUGUGCUCGCCGGGCUCUUCGUGCUGCACUCGUCGGGGAAUUAUCGCUUGCUGUCAGAAUGAUGUGUCGUUUAGUCAGGUGUUGAAGCAGUCUCUACCGUUUCUCGUCUUGUGGCUCAUCAUUUUUGGAAUUGCCACAUUGGUACACUUGUUCUUUGAAGACGAUGAAACUGGAAAGUCGAUUAAUAAGGAGAAGCCGUUGAACGGAAAAAUGGAACUGCUUCUCCCAAUCGAAAACGACUACACAGUGGAGGAUCCAGUGUUUGGCAAGCUCUACGAGCACCAAGUACCCAAGAUGGCAACAAUUCCAAAGAAGAGACGCUAG